AUGGAAAGAACUCCGGAAAUCGGGCGAUAUAUCUAUUUUUGGUUCGAAGGAACGGCAUUUCGCAUUAUUGGCCCUCCAGUGGACGAAUGGGGGUGGUGGAAGAUGGACUCGCCCCAUUCCUCGGAGUUGAUCGCUCUUGAUGUGGUACGCGCGCAAAACUCGGCUCGUGCCGCACCGUAA